AUGUUUGAAAUGUUUCCAAAAUUCUUUACUAACCAAUUUCCUUUGGUAACUUAUAUAAACGGGUUGAUAGAAGAUAGUAUCAUAAACGUAGUAAAAACGGGACCUGUACCUCAGCAUAUAGCGUUGGUGAUGGAUGGUAACCGGCGAUAUGCUAAGGUGAAUGGAAUUCAGCUAAGGAGCGGGCACGAUGCUGGGGCAGAUGCCCUAGUAGACGUUUUGGGUUGCUGUUACCGUGUUGGCGUCAAGGCCGUGACGAUUUACGCAUUCUCCAUUGAAAACUUCAACAGAAGUCAAGCAGAAAUAAAUACGCUACUCGAGCUGCUCAAACAGAAGCUCCUAUAUCUCAGCGAUACCAGCCACUACGCUGAAAGGUACAAUGUGCGUAUCAACAUUGUUGGGAAUAAAGACAUGAUUCCGGAUGAGUUUCGGUCAGACCUAGACAAAGUCGAAGAACUGACACGGUAUCAUACGAAAAGAACUCUCAAUGUAUGUUUCCCUUUCACUAGCAGAGAUGACAUUACAUCUUCCAUAGCCAAUGUUGCGAAUAGAGUGCUUUCUAAGGAGUUAGCUGUGGCGGACAUCAACUUGCAACAAGUUAGCAAUUCUGUAAUAGACCGAACAUCCCCACCGCUGGAUAUUCUGAUCCGAACCUCAGGGCAUACAAGAUUAAGCGACUUCCUAACCUGGCAGCUGUCACAGAAUCCUACCAGCACGGUUGUCUUUACGAAUACACUUUGGCCAAACUUCAAAUUCUGGCAGAUGAUGUGGAUUCUGCUUACAUGGAGCUAUUAUCAAGCGAUCAACGCUGGAGAAAUUUGCAUUAUGACCACUAAUGACUGA